CAGUAUAAAACACCCAGAGAGCAGAAGGAGCAAGUCAAAGUUUGGGAUAUUCUACCAGCCGGCAGACACCAUGAACCUCAUCCAAAGCAAAGGCGCCCUGGGAUUCAGAGGCCACGCCAUCCUCUGUGUUCUUGUCGGCCUGUUGUUUUCUGAAGCCUCCUCUCGUCCUGGAGACAGUCCAGAGGAAGAGGUAGCCUUACUAAAGCUGAAGCUAGACCUUCUGUCGAUUAAGUACAGAGACUUGUGUAAGCAGUACUCCAACAUGGCCCACAACUACUCAGCUCCAGUGAUCAGCUGCUCCACUGAGUGUCCCGACAAGUGGCUUCAUGUAGGGGACCAGUGCUUCUUCCUCGCCACUGACAAGUGGGACUGGUCAAAGAGUGCAGAGAAGUGUAAAGAGAUUGGCAGCCAUCUUGCCAUCUUGACCACCAGAGAGCAGCAUGAAGCGGUGGAAAAAGAAGGCAAGAGGAUUGGAGGGAUAUACACACACUACUGGAUCGGACUGACUGACGCUGAGAGUGAAGGAAACUGGACAUGGGUGGACAAGUCAGAACUUAACAACGCAUUUUGGAGCGUGACGCCAUCAGAGCCAGACAACAACCAGACCGGUGGGGCGGAGGGAGAGGACUGCGCCGUGGUGGACAGCUACACUCACAGCUGGUACGAUGUGCCCUGUUCCUUCACGUAUCCCCGAAUCUGUCAGAUGGACGCCACCCCGCUUGUGUGAGCCCCACCGCACUGCUGCAGGACCACCAUUCAAUUAUGUCAUAUAUUGACUGUUUAUUGAAAAAAUUCAGUGGCAAAUCUACAAAUAAACAAUUCUCUGACAAAA